AUGGGCGUCCAACUGCGGCGCUUGGUUGGCCCGCUGCAAGGCCUGUACUGUGCUCGAGGUAGAACAAACUCGCCGGAUAUAGAACCUCUUCGGUCAACUAGCCUGGAGAGACUUAGAGAUCGAGAAAAGAAGAGGAGCAAGAGGGAGAAGGAGAAGAUAGGCCACUUCCAACACGCAAAGCAGAGAAGAGGAGGAGGAGGAGUAGGAGGAGAGGAAGAAGAAGAAGACGACGACGACGACGAUGAUGGUGAUGAUGAUGAUGAUGAUGAUGAUGAUUAUGAAAAGAGGAAUGAGGGAAAGGGAAAAGAUGCAGGCCAAUUGCACCAGGAUACAAUGAAGCACUGGUCCUGUAACUGA